AUGUGUUACUUCAAAAAAAAAAGGCACGCGCAAAAAAAAAAAGAACCUGCUACAUUGCUGGCAGAACCUCUGCCGGAUUCCGGCGACGACCACCGCCUGAGCCUUGGCGUGGUGCUCACAAACCCUGUGCCGCCGGUGGUAGGUCUUGGCUUCGCUCAGAUCCACGUGGCACCUCUCCACCUGACAGUUCUUCAUCGAGCUCCCGCCGCCCCUCUUGGCGGCGGCGGCCGCCCUCUUCCUCCCGCCUCCGUCGGCCCCCAUGAUAUCGUGCUCGAUUUCUUCUUGUUCUCCGGCACUAAUCGUAGAGAAAAAGAGAGAGAGAGAGAGAAUUUUGAGAGGAAAGGUGGAGAGGGAUAUAACAAAUAA